AUGGAACAAUUUAACGGAAAGAGCCAUCCUUUGCCGACCCCCAGUCAUCCUAUACGAACACGCCCUGAACACGAUAAGGUUUGUACUCUACCAAUGCCAAGGCCAGAUACAUCGCCUAAGUACAUUAGUAAGGCUAAUGUUCUGCCAAUGCCAAUUCCGAAGACAUCACCUGCACAUGAAAAAUCUCGUAUACUUCCAGUGCCAACUUCAGAGAGUGAAAUAUUAUCAUCUCCCUACCUAAAAUCCUUCCGAUUCAAUGAACUUAGAAAUGCAACUGGAAACUUUCGCCCAGAUAGUCUACUUGGUGAAGGUGGAUUUGGUUGUGUUUUUAAGGGAUGGUUGGACGAGGAAAGCCUCACGGCUACCAGACCUGGAUUGGGUAGAGCAGUUGCAGUAAAGACGCUCAUACCUCAAGGUUUUCAGGGUCAUAAGGAGUGGUUGUCAGAAGUUAACUAUCUUGGUCGACUUCACCAUCCGAAUCUAGUUAAACUUAUUGGAUACUGCUUAGAAGGUGAAAAUCGAAUAUUAGUUUAUGAAUUUAUGCCCAAAGGAAGCUUGGAGAAUCACUUAUUCAGAAGGAAUAUGCCAUCUCUUUCUUGGACAACAAGGAUUAAGGUUGCUGCGGGUGCUGCUCGGGGGCUUUGCUUUCUACACGACUCUGAGUCGCCUGUCAUAUAUCGCGAUUUCAAAACUUCAAAUAUUUUGCUAGAUUCAGAAUUUAAUGCAAAGCUUUCGGACUUUGGCUUGGCGAAAUCUGGUCCUACCGGAUUCGAUACUCAUGUAACUACACGAGUAAUGGGUACAGAAGGCUAUUGCGCCCCAGAAUACCGUACCACAGGUAAAUUGACAGUCAAAUGCGACGUUUAUAGCUUUGGAAUCGUGCUGCUGGAGCUUCUCACCGGACGUCGCUCCAUUGAUGAAUCAAAAGGCGAAGCAGAAAAGCGAUUGAUAACAUGGGUUAAGCCUCACUUGCAGAACAAGCGCAAAGUAUUCCGAAUCAUGGACACUAAAUUAGGAGGACAAUAUCCUAAAAAGGGUGCUUACGUUGCUGCAAAUCUUGCAAUACUUUGCGUAAAUCAAGAAGCCAGAUUUCGACCACCUAUGACUUACGUUUUGGAUAUUCUUGAAAAUAUUUUGUCUCAAAAAGCCAAUGCUGCUGCUUCACCGAAGUUGCAGUCACCUAUGAAUCGGACGCCUCGAGGGUCGCCAUUACCGGGAUACGGAGAAUCCCCCUUCUCAGAAGGUUCGAAAUUCUCGCCAAAGCAAGUAUCUCACUAA